UUGGCGGUUUGAAGUGGACCCAUGUCGCCUGUGUCCCGAUCCCGCCCUAAUGAGGACAUUCUGGUCUCUCAGAAACGACGACGUGGCUCGGACAGCCCGUUGUCAGUGUUACAGACUCGACGAUCCCCUCGGGGAGGCGGUUCUGGCCUUCACCUCGGCGCGUUCGAGGGGCCUCGCCUAGUCCAUGCCGACGGCCGCCCCAGGUCUGGAGAGCGGCCGCCACCGCCAGGGAUCCGCACGUUUGCCCCUUCAUCCUCCUCUUCCAUCGGUGGCGGCUACCGCUACCACCACUAUGCAGGAGACCGUUUGUGGGCGGAGGACCAGGAAAAGGAAAAGGAGGAGAGCUAUAGGCUAAGGAGGUUGAAGGAAAGAGAGAGGAUUGGAGAGCUGGGAGCACCGGAGGUAUGGGGAUUGUCACCCAAGUUUGCUGAGCCAGAUUCUGAUGAACAUACCCCCGCUGAAGAUGAGGUGAAGACUCAGAAGAGCAGCAGUUCGGAUUUCACCAAUGAAGAAAAAAGGUCAAAGACCAGACAUUCAAAAAAGAGAAGAAAGAAGCUUUCCAAACGGAAACAUAGGAAGUAUUGUGAUAAUGACAGCGAUUCUGACUCUAUUCAUUCUAGCUCUGGUGGUGAUAGAAAGAAAUUUAAAACCAAGAAGAAAGAGAAGAAAAAGAAACACCGGGCUAAACAACCCAAGAAGAAGAGGAGGGCUAAAAAAGAAUACAGUGACGUAAGCUGCAAAGCUUUAGAAAGGGAAUUGCCAGAAGACGCGUGGAUGGAACAAUCGGUGAGUGCGGAUGCCAUGGACUUAAUAGGCCCAGAAGCACCUGUAAUACAUACCUCUCAAGAUGAGAAACCUUUGAACUAUGGCCACGCGCUGCUUCCAGGUGAAGGUGCAGCUAUGGCUGAGUACGUAAAAGCUGGAAAGCGCAUCCCACGAAGGGGUGAAAUUGGGUUGACGAGUGAAGAGAUCGCCUCAUUUGAAUGUUCAGGUUACGUCAUGAGUGGUAGCAGGCACCGCCGAAUGGAAGCCGUAAGACUGCGUAAAGAGAACCAGAUCUACAGUGCUGAUGAGAAACGAGCUCUUGCAUCCUUUAACCAAGAAGAGAGGCGGAAGAGAGAGAAUAAGAUCCUAGCCAGUUUUCGAGAAAUGGUAUACAGAAAGACAAAAGGGAAAGAUGACAAAUGAGGACUUGUGUGUUGCACUGCUGGGCUUUUAACAAGGGUUUUGUAUGGCUAAAAUAAUAGUAAAUGGCUUUACCAUUUGCCAGUGAUAAUAAACUUACAGUGUUACUAAGCACUUUAGGAAAACACUUUUUGAAAUGUCAUUAGAAAUUUUACAAACAUUUCCAGGAAUUAAUAAAAAGGCAAAUGUCACUCCGGUCCCUGA